AUGGCAGAUGUCUCCUGUCUCCCACCUGAAGAGAGGUGCUUGUUGUUUACAGACCUCCUCACCCACAUGACGGACGACGACUUCGAGCACUUGGUGGAGGUUGUCCGCAAAAGAAAGGACUUUAUAAAGUUCAUCCUUCGUUCAAUCACGUCUUCAGAAGAUGGCGAACUGUACGCUGAAUUGGAGAUGACCCUAGGGAAACUACCCAAUCGGUUCAGCAGACGCCAGUUUGAUAUCGCUUUGGACCAUAUGGCCGCGGUGUCUUACAGGAUAAACGGUCGCAAUCUAGAAUUCCUCUGGAGGAUAGUCCUCCAACGCGUCCUCGAAGAGAUACUCACCGCGGUACCCACCCUCCUCCUAUCCGUCCAGCAGGAGUACGAUCUCUGGUUCGAUGUCGCGAGCGCUGCCGGGGCUCAAGACGUCGCGCUGUCACGCCAGCCGCCCGCUGACUCCGAUGUGCCGCACCGGAAGGGCAGCAGUCGCAUUCCCGUACCCGUUCGCCGACCGCCCUCGUCCGUCACGGCGGGACCCGCGCCCUCGCCCUCAUCCAGCAGCGCCCAACCGGCCGCUCCUUCCCACGCAGCGCGCCCGCGUGCGAGCGGUAUCACCGACAAGGUGCCCAUCCUGGUAGAAGUCACCGAUGACCUGGGUGAAGAAAACGAGAAGACCGUGCACAUCGACCGCAAGAGCUUGCGGACCUGCCGCCCGGACUGCAUCGCUUUGUGCCGUAUGUUCGUACUUGCGGACUCGUCGACUGCAGAAACGAAGAUGUAUAAGCUUAUUAACCACUCGGUGCCAAUCAUCGGGGAGGUCAAAAGGGCUCCUGCACGCGACGACGCACAAAUGGGGCCGGGUGACCAACUUGACGACUACGGCAAGCGCGCGACUGAGAAGAUGCUCCUCAAGGCGCAAGAGCAGGGUGCAUACCAAGCCGCUCUCUACCUCAGGACGGAGGCAGGCCAGCGUCAGAAGAGGGUGCGUGUCUUUGCCGUCUCUGGCCAUUACGUGACGUACGGCGACAUGUACCACGGUGGCUGGCACUCUCGUGUGCAUGGGGUCCGGCUGUGGUCCACGCUAGAGGAUUUGAAGGAUCAGGAGGAAGCGGAGACCGUGCAGCAUGUCACCCAGCUUCGGUCGGGUCGCCAGCUGCCGAAGGUACCCCCGCAACCGGAUAAAGGCCGGCUUCUGCGCGUCCAUCGGUUGAUCAAGAAGUGGUCUCCUAUGUCGUCCUUGUUUACAGAAUCCCUCCAGGCUGAGACCGCAGAAUAUUUCCGUGAGUUUCUGCGGGAGAACGCGGUGGAGCAAGUAUUGGGCUUGCAUCAAGUCGACAUGCGCUGA